AUGGGAUCAUCAAGCUUAUUCUGCUUCCUAGUGUUGGUUUUAAUUCAAUCAGCAAUAUCUGGUUCCAUGUUCUUAGCGGGCAGAUGUAUUGUCACAUAUGAGAACAUAUCUGAUGAACUUUUUCGAAUCAAGUCACCACAAAAAUGCACAGAAAUAGUUUUUGGGGAUGUAAAUUUUUCUGUAAUUCCAAGAUACAUGUUCCUUGAUAAUCCAGAUGUAAACUCUAUAAACUUUCAAAAUUCCUAUGUGACGGAUCUUAAGCUGUCUGACCUGCCAAGGAACUCGGUUCUUAAUGAAGUUUUCAUCGUUGACAGCACAAUAUCGAUUGCUGCAAAUUCAUUCGAAAAUUUGACAAAUUUAAAGAAAAUUUCUCUAAAUGAAGUCAAGAUUUUAAGGGUCCUUAAUUUAUCAUCAAAUAAGCUUUUUGGACUCUUUAACUCAAGUAAAAUUCAAACUUUGAUCAUCGAUAACAACAACAUAACCUCAAUCUUUAUUGAUGGAGCCACAACUUCAGUUUUUGCUUCCGAAAAUUCAAUUACUGAGAUUCUUUGCAGCAACAUAUCGAAAAUAAUCGAGUUGGAUUUAAAUGACAAUAAAUUAUCAGAUUUUGGAUGCAUAAUCUCAAUGAAAAAUUUAAAGAUCCUGAACAUUAACUUCAAUAAUUUCACAUUUUUUGACAAAAAUUGGUUCGAAAAUUUGACAAAUCUUAACAGUAUAUUCGCAAUGCACAACUUAUUGACUUCUUAUCCGCCUGAUAUGUUUGCUGUUAGUUUAGAUAAUCAGCUACGAGAGAUUGGAAUCGAUAGAUUUGAUUAUGGAUAUGCAAAUUUAAAGAUUAUGUAUCCAAAGUUGCUGGAAGUGUGGUUCCAAAACCGACGAGCAAAAUUCCGCAAGCAGGAGCGUUUAGCCCAACAAAAAGUCACAAAUAGCAAUUCCUCAUCAAAUGGCGAUGGAGGCUUAUCAGCACAUGUAAAAAGUGAAGGAAAGUCAUCGUCAAAAGACAUUAAACAUCCGCCCGGUUCACCAUUGUCGAACGUCUCAACGACGCCAAAUUCCAGUGCAUCAUCGCAUCAAUCCAACAGUGAUAUUAAACCAAUCAAUGGCAAGCUUUCAUCCGAUUCCGACAUCCUAAAUUCAUCAAACAACAACAACAAUCACAAGUGGCCGAGCUCCUGCACAAGUCUCCUCCAAAACUCAAUAAAUUGUGCGUCGUCCAACAACAACUCGCAGUCGAGCAUCAAUAAUAACAAUAACAAUAGUCUAAAGUCAUCAACACAUCUGACAUUGAAUCACAAUAUGCAGUCGCAUCAUCAUGCAUUGACAUCUGCACUCUCGUCGCCGUUUAGUUCAUUGCUUGGCGCGAGUACUGGUGCUGGAUAUUUACUCGAUCCACUCGGUAAUCUGCAGAAAUCGGCUGCGUCAAAUCAUUUGUUCUAAUUGAGAAUGAAAAUGGGGGUGGAUGGAGAAUGGAAGUGAGGGCUUUUUGGAUGUGAGAUAAAUUGCAGUGUCAUGGCUGUAGACGAUGAGAAAUGAAGUUUUUUUUGUAAAGUAAUAAAUUAAGUGGAUGGAAGCUUAUGCGUGGGAGAGAAAUUGUUGGGAUGAAGAUGAGGAGAUGUAAAGUUGAGGGGUUGUGCUGGAAGUUCGUACUUGUUUUGGAUGUGGUCUGAGUGAGGUCUAGUUUAGGUCAAGCUGAGGUCGGAGUGAGAUCUGGGUGUGGGAUAGCUGUACCUACCUCUAGUUCACAAAAACUUAGAUCUGAGCUUUAUAUUUGUAUUAUGAAGGAAAGAUCCAACUUAUUGUGGAUUAUGGUGGUUUAUUUCAGGUAUGGUACUAAGCUCAGAUGUAGGACCUAGUUCAGGUUAAGUCCAGAGUCAGGUAUACGUGUGAUAAAGGUAUGUUGUUAUCUAUGCACUACAGCAGCACAUCUAGUAAAGUUAGUAAGGAUGGACCAUCAAAAAUCUCAUACGAUUGCUCUCUUAAAGCUAGGAAACUGGUCAAUAAGCAUGAUAGGUUAGACCUCAAGAGCUCAAAACCAUGACUAGUGUCCAUAUGAAAAUUGUUGUACAAUAUUAUGAG